CACAUGUGCGCGACGCGCGGCUUCGUUCGUACUUCAAUUGCAAAAAUUGCUUGCAGAGCUUGCAAAGGCUACAGUGGCAUAGUUUAAGGAGUGGCCUUUAAAAGGAGAGUUUCAAUAGAACAAUGAGCUACCAGGGUUGGUUUACCAUGAAAGACGUCCUUAAGGACCUGCGGAAGGCUACGGGGAGCCGUGUGCGCGCCUUAGAUGAGGGAUCCAUUCUGGUGGGGGAUCAGCCACCGCCCCAGCCGUUCAAUGUGCCUGAUGAUGACGCAGAACUGCAGCUGGCUCGUCUUGGCGGGAGCAGACGGCCGAGCGAUCGCGAGUUCAUCGGCGAGCCCGACCUGCCGGGCAUCAGGGAAUUGCUGAAGAUGGUCAAAAAUUUAACUGAAGAAGAACCAAAAACACCCCCCGAAGAAAAAAAGAGCCUUACUACAGAUGUAUUAACCAUAAGCAAACUUAAUCCUAAUGUCAAAGAAUUUAUUCCUAAGUCAAGUGUUGUUAAUGAUAAGGCUAACCAUGACAAGGCUAGCUCUGAUAAGGCUAACCAUGACAAGGCUAGCUCUGAUAAGGCUAAUCAUGAUAAGGCUGAUGAUAUAUUACGUCCUAUUGACAAAAAUGAACUGACGGAAAUUAAAAAACAAAAUUUGAAAGCUAAAAUAUGUGCCACAUCGAAAGAAACCUGUGUAAAGGUUAAACGUGAAAGAAAUUUGGCAAUAGCGUCACUCGUCAAGCUCUAUUGUGUGCCGCCAACGACAGACGAAGAAAAACCUAAGUUGCUGGUGCCGGCGUACUUUGAAAAAUCGAAUAUACCAAGAAAAGAAACUAUAGAAAAAGUUAGCAUUGAAAAAUCGAUUGAUGGGAUCAAUCCCACAAAAGAUUCUCCAAAUAAAGGUCCAGAAGAGGCACGUUUAACAGAAAAAAUUGAAGCUGUUGAAGAAACACUCAAUCCAUCCAUAGCAGAAUCAGUUGAUAAAGUACAAAAAUGGUUACACAAUUUCGAAAACGCUGGAACUAUAACCAAAACCCCAAAAAACAAUAUCAAAGACCAAAAUAUCGUUAUUACUAAAAUAAAUGGUCCAAAGGAACCGCCUAGUACAAAAAAAGCUCCAUAUAUCGGCGCAGUGACAUUUAAGAGAAAAGCGCCCAGCAAGCCGAUAUCACCAACGUCCACAGAAUCUAACGAGUGCGUGAAAACUUCAAAACCUAGGGUGUACAAGCCAACCAAAUACGCUGAAGAAUUAAUUAAAAAAUAUAUGGAAAAGAAAAAACUGGAAGAAGCCAAGCAACAAGAAAUGUCAGACCCGUGGAGAUUGGAAGAAAAAAUACGAGCGAAAGAAGAAAGAACUAGAAAAAAACAAGAACAGUUGGAUGCUCAACUCGAGGUUUCAAUGGAGUAAUUUUUGGAGUGAAACUUCUUUAUACUUGGGCCGUUAUGAACGUGCGUACGUGAAUCAUAGGACUGCGAGAAUGCCACAAAAAUGUCGAUAUCGCUAAAGGGACGCCUUGCCGAUGCAGGUAGCUGGUAGCUAAGUUUGUAUUGUUUCCUCUUGCUCUAAAUAACCUGAUAUCAACUAUCGACAAAUCCUUUUUUACUUGACUAUGGCAAAGCCGAAAAGAAAUUAUAAUUUUAGCUGUCUAUGUAUGUAUGUAGUGUCUAAAUUACUGUGCCGAUUUUGGCCCAGUAAUUGGAGCAUCAUGUUCCAGUCCCAUAAGGGCUGUAAGUGCGAGCGAGAGGUCUGCUAAUGAUUUAUGACCCAGUUCGUACAUUUGUAAUGGCCCAACUAUAAUACGGUUGUUAUUCAAAAACUCCAAACGAAAAAGAGACUGUGUCUGUCUUUUUUUCGUUUCUAUAGAUUUAUUUUGUGAGAGAAUGAGAUAGAAAUAAGAAAACAGUGUUUCUUAUUAUUUCAUAUUUUACCAUAAGCUUCUCCUGUUGCUGAAAGUGAAAAAGUAUAAACUUGGUAGUCUAUAUAGUUGUUUAGCUGAUACUCUACAUUCAUCUCAUUCUCUCGAAGUAUAGUUUUCUGAAGGUUUCACUUCCACCACUUGUGAAAAGAACACGUUUUUUUAAUGAUUUAUACUUUAACUAUCACAAAAACUUUAAGGAUGACAAUGACAGGGAAGAUUUAGAUGAAUUCUAAUCUAGAUGAAUUAAAUUAGAUUAAUUUUAUUAGUAAUCGUAAGUGUAACUUUAUCUCUUACUAUGCCACAGUAGGCGUCUAUAUACUAUGGACCAAUAAUAAUAGUACGGCUCCAAUGUCGUGGUUUGGCAAUUGAUUCGAGUUCUGGCUACGGUAGUUCGGCAUUCAUCAAAUCAACUGCCCACAUUAUUCGGUGAAUGUUUUGUUUGGCGAAUUUUUAAAUAUUUAUAUAUAAUUUUACUGUGGGCACGAUGGGCAUGCCCACAACCCUAAUAGACUUGUGACAUCAUACUUUCAUGGUCUAUCGUGUUCGGUGGUGUAUUGAACUAAGCACUGGUCAAAAUCUUGGUCAAAACAAAAAUACCUACCUAUUUUGUAAACAUCUAUGAAUGCACUAUAUCAAUCAUGAUCGAGUUCAUACUCCGACUAGCACUUGACCGAUUUGAUUUUCGGGUGGCUGUGACCAUCUUUUUAACCGACUUCAAAAAAGGAGGAGAUUCUCAAUUCGUCGGAAUUCUUUUCUUUUUUUUUUGAGGGCCCGACCCGCGCCUGACGGACGUGACUGGACGUGACAUUCUUUGACAGCGAAUAAUCCUCCAGAGUAUAUAUGGAAUACUGUGGUGUAUUAGAUAGUAUAAACCGGAAAAGCCUGUCUCAAAAGCUCAAAGGUGCAGACUGAAAUCCAAAAAGAGUGUUGAACCACACUUCGAACCCCACCCUUUGAACUAUUGUCAUACCUACUCCUUGUGCAAGGGAAUGUAAGUCAUCAUUAACAUGGCUAAUGUUCUCAAGAAAUCAGAGUUCCCGCGUUUUUUUAAAAACCAAUAUACACGCUUACACGUUCAGGUUAGUGCGAAUGUGCGGGACGCCACGAUUGACACCGGCCACACGUCGGGUUUUUACGAAUCAUUGCUGAACCCCGAUAGAAGACAGGGAAUAGAUAGGAGUCGAAUUAUAACUAAGUGAUUUGUGAAAU